CUUGCGGAAGGCCACAAAACCCUAUAUAAGGCGCGCAGUCCCAGUAUUUGCGCCAGAAGAGGUUCCGGCGCCAGAAGAGCACCGCUGGAGACCUCAGGUCCCAACUCGAGCCCAGAUCCUCGGAUCGCCACACCCGCAGCGCAGAGUCCGCAGAAGCGCGGGCUUUCAUCGACAGCAUGGACCGCAGCCACUUUGACAUAGGAUUCCACAAUUUGGGAAUCGACGAGGACGGAGAACUGCAUGAUGUGGAGCCUACCCUGAUCUCGGAGGGUUUAACUGGAGUGGAAGAUGAAACUCUGUCCUCACCUGAGCCCGGAGAAGCAGCUGCAGCCGCAGCCGCAAACUACUUUGGCGAGGUGGACUCCAACCUCCUGGACGACGAAAACAGCGAGGGCGAUGAAAAUGGUGAGGGCGACGGCGGCGAUUUUGAGCCCCCGCUGCAGCAGGAGGAGCCGGCCCCCCUGGCCAUUCAGGGGCCCCAGAUUGCAGCGAGAAAGCCGCGCCGCUGCCGUACUGUUUUCACCCAGUUGCAGCUGCUGGAGCUGGAGCGAGUUUUCCACCACACUCAAUACCCCGACGUGUUUGCACGAGAGGAGAUUGCAAGACGUCUGAAUUUGGCUGAAAGAAGAGUGCAGGUUUGGUUUCAAAACCGAAGGGCCAAACGGAGAAGAUACCAGAGGGCAUUGAUGUUUAGAAAUCUGCACCCUGGUCCCUUGGGCCGCCCUGUGGGGGUAAUCUAUCAUGGGCCUUAUCACGUAGUCCCUGUUAUGGAGCCUGCAUGGAGAUGCAUUCCUGCAGUGCCACGUCCAGGUCUGCCCCCUGGGGUACCCCCACCACCUGUGAUACCUGCACCUCUGCCACCCAGGCCAUGGGGGAUGCCUUUGCCACCCCCGGUACCUAUGCCUCACUUUGCUCUGGCCCCUAUAGGUGUGGCAUGGGCCCCUAUCAUCAAUGGUCAUUUUAUAGGCCCCAUUUUCUGAAGAUGUUAUUCAGACAGUU